AUGUUAAAGUUACAAAAAGGAAAAAAGUUAAAAAAAAAUGAUGAUGAAAACCACAAUACUGUAGAAGCAUUUGAAAAUUUGGAAUUAUUAAUUGUUAACGAAGCACUUGCUAAAAUUGUUAAACUUAAGCCAGAGCUAAUUGCUGAUGAUGAUAGGAAAAAUGGUUACAGUGAGGUUCGAAAAACAGUUGGAAAUUUACUGUUGGAUCCUGAUGAUAUAGCUGAAAAAGUGCUAAAAGAUGAUGACUGUAUUACAGUUUGUAAAUACUUCUAA